UUGUCAACAUGUUUUGUUUAAUUUUAAUUCUCUAACUUAAAGAAACGCUGAUUAGUCUGGAUGAUUAGCUGUUGACCAUAAUCAAUAACCUUCUUCUAAUCAUCUUUAGCAAUUUAAUUACUCACAUUAAUUUCCAUCCAUCAAAAUUUUGGAUAUUAUUUACCAACAAUUAGUGUCGUCAACAGGUAGCUGAUUGAGCGCAAUGUUUGCCAAGUACUUAGUGAAAGAAGGAGCCAUUCUUAAGUCAAUUAAUGAUAAGAAAAGGUAUAAAUUGGUUACAUUGAUUAAUGGUUUACGAGCUCUUCUGAUUUCGGACCCUUGUGGUCAUCCGACUGAUUGUCCACCAUCACCCACACCAUCGGCCACUUCAUCGGAAACCUCUCAUCAUGAUGAUGAUGAAUCAGAUGCUUCAGAUGAAACUGCGAGUAUCGGUGAACAAAAAGAGGGUAAAAAGCUUUGUGGAGCUGCUCUUUCAGUUCGAGUAGGUACACUUUCGGAUCCUCUUAAUGUCCAAGGAUUAGCUCAUCUGGUGGAACAUGUAAUUCUCAUGGGCAACAAGGAAUAUCCUGAAGAGAAUUCAUUUGACACUUUUCUUAACAGAAAAAGUGGUUAUGUUAAUGCUCACACUGAAUUCGAGGACACAGUCUACGAGUUCCAAGUGCCCAAUCGGUACCUUCAAGAGUCACUUCAACGAUUCGCUGCCAUCUUUGUAUCUCCAUUGUUUAGAGAAUCGAGUUUAUAUAACGAAAUUCGUCCUAUUGACAAUGAGUUUCUCAAUUCUCUUAAUGAUGAUGAAUGUCGGACUGACAGUUUAUUCGCCACUUUAGUCUUACCUGAUCACGAUUUGUACAAAUUCUCUUUUGGUAAUGCCAAAAGUCUUGUUGAUGAGCCAAAGGCCAAAGGUAUAAAUCUCAACGAGGAAGUGGUGAAAUUCUGGACUCAACAUUAUCAUGCAUCCAACAUGAGCCUUGUGGUUCAAGGUGAAUACGAUCUGGAGAUCAUGGAAAAGUGGGUGUGCGAAUAUUUCUCUAGAAUUCCACCAACAAGUGAAUCUUUCAUCCCGUUAGAGUCACGAGUAAAUUCAUCGAAUGUUUUCCCGUACCAAGAAUCUAAAUUUUGUAAACUUUUCUACAUCGAACCAGUGUCAUCGGGAGACUUUUUUCAUAUCAACUUUUGGCUUCCACCAAAAUUCAAUGAUUACAAAUCCAAACCAUUAUCUCACCUUGGAUCGCUUCUUGGAGAUGAAGGCAAGGGAAGUUUAUUUUCAAUUCUCAAGAAAAAAGGUUUUGCAUUGGAAAUGGUAGCAGGUAACGACGAUAACGGGUUCGUUUCUAAUCGGUAUCAAGCUCUAUUUACAAUCCAAGUGAAAUUGACACCGCUUGGAAUGGAAAACCUGGACCAAAUCGUCGAUUAUAUUUGGACUUUUAUCGAUAAAAUUAAAUCUUCAGGUCCUCAUUUGAAUCAUCUAAAGGAAGAUCAAGCAAUUCGUCUUUACUCUUUUGCCUAUGCUAAUGAGAAAAGUGGUACUAGAAACUGUGUUACAAUCGCCGAAAAUAUGAAUCAUUUUGGAACUGAACAUAUUCUAACUGGUCGUAAAAUCAUGUUUCAAAUCGAUGAAGAUUUGAUUCGUCAAGCUUUUCCCCAUCUUACACCAUCUCGAGCCAAUUACAUAAUAUUUUCGAAGAAACUUUUCAAUGGAUCACAAGCUCCCAUUGAGACCGAAAAAUGGUAUGGAACUAAAUAUAAGGUGAACAAUAUACCCGAUAGAUGGUUGAACUACACUAAACCAGCUGAUUUCGAUGUCGAUGUUAAUUUCCCGUUGCCCAAUGAAUUUAUUCCCGAUAAUUUUGAAAUUUUACCGAAUGUUGAUGAUUCGAUUCCUAAGGAAUAUCCAGAAUGUAUAAAGGAAACUCUUAACUGGCGAUUGUGGUACAAAUUGAGUAACAAAUACGAAGUGCCUAAAGUUUGUGUUAACAUGAUUUUCCGAUCACCAAUGGCCCGUUCUUAUCCUUUAGUGGCCGCAGCUCUUGAUGUUUAUGUCAGAGCUUUAAUAAUGAAGGCAGAGGAAGACGUUUAUCCGGCCUCAUUAGCGGGUCUCCGUUAUUAUGUGACGGUUCAUGACAAUGGACUCAUUUUAUCCUUUGUAGGUUUUAACGAUAAAAUAUCAAAAUUUAUCUCUUGCAUUGUUGAUCAUUUGGUUUCACUUGAAUUCGAUGAAAUAACUUUUACAAAUAUUCGCCGUGAUCUAUGCAAUGAAUACUUUAAUGCCUUCAAUGACUCAACCGAAUUAUCAAAUUCCCUCCGUAUAUCAAUAAUUAAACCACUUUUCUGGACUUCAUUAGUUCGACGAACUUUUCUACCCCAACUAACUCGAGAAAUGGCCAUUUCCUCUGGUCGACAAAUUCUAAGUAAUUCUUUUCUCGAGUGUUUGGUUCUCGGAAAUGUUACCUCGACCGAAGCUCUAACUAUGAUCAAACAAGUGGCCGCAAAAGUUUCUGCUUCUCCAACUUAUCAAUUUAAUAUUGCUCAAGAUCGAGUUAAUAAACUACCACCAGGUCAUCACAUUUGCCGUGUAUUGGCCUUUAAUAAGGAAGAGAAAAGUUCAGAAAUCACUAAUUACUAUCAAUUCGAACCUGCCGAUGUUCGUAGUAGUGUUUUAAACGAGCUUUUAGCCUCUUCGAUGUAUGAAAGUCUUUUCGAUACCUUAAGAUCUCAAGAAGGUCUAGGAUAUCAAGUCUACAAUAGUCACCAUCAAACCUCCGGAGUUCUUGGUUUCUCAAUAACUGUCAUGAGUGAUGCAGAUAAAUUUGAUUGUUCAUUCAUUGAUUCAAGAAUUGAAGCUUUUCUAGUGAAAUUUGCUGGCAUAUUGAUGGCGAUGAAAGAAGAAGAGUUUGACGAAUCGGUGAAAGGACUAAUCAAAGUGAAAAGUGCUCCAUUUAUCACAUUAAACGAAGAGACUAAAUUCUUUUGGCAUGAAAUUUUAGAACAAGAAUAUCGAUUCGAUAAAAGAUCGAAAGAUAUUAUCGCUUUAGAACAGUUGACACUUUCGGAGUUUAUAACUUGGUCUUAUGUUCAAUUACUAAAUACACCAUAUAGGAAAAAAUUAUCCAUCCAGGUGGUUGGCAAUGGAUCGAAAGCUUUAGGUGAAAGUUAUGCCAUUGAGAGGAAUCCAUUUAUGCCUCGUCGAUUUGAUUGUGAUGAUGAUGAUGGAAUCAUCAAUGGAACCGUUGAUUGUAAGGAGAUUGAACAAUCAGGAGAUAAUCCAAUGGUCUCUGAGAUUAAUUCAAACUUUGAAAAUAAUCAUGAAUGUUCACAUUUAAUUGGUCGUCAAAAGAGAUCAGCAGCUUUUGAUGAUGAUGAUGAAGAUCGAAUUUAUAUUCUGAAACAUCUUGGACCAAGAUCAAUAUCAUCCGAUGCAAAAUUAAUCGUUGAUAUUAAUGAAUUUAAAAGAUAUUUAUCAAUUUAUCCAAAAAUAAGAAAACUGUAUCCAAAUAGUAACUAAAAGUGAUCAAAGAAACAAAAAUAACUAAUAAAUCUCAAUCAAUCAUUUUCAUCAUAAA